GGCCGGGGUCUCCUCCCCCCUCACACCGGCCCGGCUGCCGACGGGCUCCCGGUAAAACCUCUCCUUCCCCAGGCCGCGGGGGGGACGAUGGCGGAGCGGGGCUGCUGGAGCGGCCUGACGGCGCUGCAGAAAGCUGCGGUGGUGCUGGGCGUCCCGGCUGGCGCCGCCGUCUGCUUCGUCCUGUACCGCAGGUACCGGGAGAGCCGAGAGGAGCGGCUGACCUCUGUGGGAGACGAGGAGCUGGAAAUUGAGAUGCGAGUCCCCCGGGCGGCCGUGAAAUCCAUCAUCGGCCGGAAGGGAGCCACCAUCAGAAAGCUGAGCCAAGAGACGGGGGCUCGCAUCGGGGUGGAGGGCGAGGAUGAGGCCGAGGAGACGACGCUGCUGAUCUCGGGCUCCCCCAGCCAAGUCUGCCGGGCGAAAGCCGCCGUCCACCAGAUCAUGACGGAGAGCACGCUGGUGUCGGAGCAGCUCUGCGUGCCCCAGAGAGCCGUGGGCAGGAUUAUCGGCCGGGGCGGCGAGACUGUGCGGGGCAUCUGCCGCAGCUCGGGGGCCAAAGUGCUCUGCGAGCGCGAGGCUGACGCCGGGCUGUCCCCGGUCAGGGUCAUCCAGCUCUCGGGGACGCGGAAGGAGGUGGCAGCCGCCAAGAAACUCAUCACGGAGAAGCUGAUGGAAGACGAUGCUUUCCGGAAGGAGCUGGCGCGGUCGACGGCGCUGCGGUGCCUGCGCAAGCAGCCCCUGGGCAGCCGGCGGGAGCCGGAGCCGCUCCCCAGCGGGACGCCGGAGCACGGGGAGGAGGACGGCGGCUCAUCCUGGGGUGAAGGCUCGCUCCCGGGCCUGGCUCCCUCCGGGGAGGAGCUGGAGGACAAGGAGCCGGCCGACGCAGCAGUGCUGAAAUUCGAGGUUCCCAGCCCCGAUUUCAGCUUCCCCCCCGACGAGCCCCUCGAGGUUUACGUCUCGGCCGCGGAAAACCCCAACCACUUCUGGAUCCAGCUCGUCGGCCAGCGCAGCCUGCAGCUGGACAAGCUGACGGCAGAGAUGGGCCAGUACUACCGGGGCAGCGGGUGUGCGGCUGAGCUCCCGGCCGCCCAGCCCGGGGCCAUCGUGGCCGCUCCCUACACGGACGGCAGCGACUGGUACCGCGCCCGUGUCCUGGGCACGCUGCCCAACGGCAACUUGGACCUUUACUACGUGGAUUUUGGGGACAACGGCGAGGCCCCCCCUGAGGCGCUGCGAGCCCUGCGGAGCGACUUCCUGAGCCUGCCCUUCCAGGCCCUGGAGUGCAGCCUGGCCGGCAUCGGGCCCGCGGAGCCGCAGGGCUGGGCGGAGGUGGCGCUGGACGCCUUUGACCAGCUGACGCACUGCGCGGCCUGGAAACCGCUGCUGGCCAAAAUCGCCAGUUACGGCCCCUCGGGGCUCGGCCCCCGCCCCGAGGUGCGGCUCUACGCCACGCACGGCGGCCAGACCCUGGACGUCGGCGCGGAGCUGGUGCGCCUGGGCCACGCCGUGCCCCAGCCCCACGGCGGCGAGGAGGAGGAAGAGGAGGAGGAGGAGGAGGAAGGGGCCGGUGAUGGGCUGGCCGCGGCCCGCAGCCCGGAGCCCCCUGAGAACCCUGGCGAGACCCCCCCGGCCUUGGGCAGCGCCCGCCUCCCCGGUGGGUACCGGCACUGUGCCCCGGUGCCCCCCCGGUGCCCCCCUCACCCCCCGCUCUGCACAGAUGCCACCGGCGCUGAGGACGGCGGCGGGACAGCGAGCAGCUCCUGGUGACACCGGCCGCACCAGCCCGGGGGAGGCGGGAGGGUCCCGGCCCCCGUUACUGGCAGCGGCCCCGGGGAGCUCCCGGUUACCGGCUCCCUCGCCCUGCGCUGGGAUUGUUUCCGCCCGGUUUGGCGGCGAGUGGAACGAACCGGUUUUGGGUCCUGAUUCAAUAAAAUGGAACGUUUUGGA